AUGGUCAAACUCGAGAUGGGCAUCUGGGCUGGCAUUGCAGCAGGCGGUGUCAUGUUCAUGUUGAUCCUCCUCCCCGUACUCGGCUGCAUGUUCUCACGGGGCAAGAAAGCCAAGAAGGCCGCUGAACUGGAAGAGGAGUCAGCAGCAGAGAAGGGAGAGGUUAUCUACUCAGCGCCAGCACCAGCACCAGCACCAGCACCAACAAGACCAGUGAAUGCGAUCCUUCAGAAACCGACUGUGAAGGUCAGCCAGAAAUACGUUGAGGAGAAGGGUAUUGGAAAGAACAAUCAGUUCAUGACACAACUGGAUUUUACUGGAGUUAAGGAUGGACGGAGAAGAUACCUGUGCGCUUCUAAACCGCUUCAUGUAACAGCGAAGCUCUACCAUCAGGAUAGCCGCCACUACUUACGAAGCCGGCGUUAUCGUGCAAAGUUCGAUAUCUGUUGUUCAACUAAUCAUUCCGAACCUCCGAAUCUUACACCAGCGCCCCAUACCAACUCCAUCGGCCACCGCUCCUUCAGCCCCUGGACAUUCACCCCCGGCGUACCCGAUGCCUCGCUGUACCCUAACGACAGCUACAAUGUAACGACCAGCAACAACCACGUGUGCAUUAUCCCACAGAUCGAGUCCGUUAAGGGCGUUGAAAAUGUCGAUGAGAUCGCUGCUGUGCCUGGUGUACAUGCGUUGAUGUUCGGGCCUGGCGAUUAUAUGAUUGAUGCAGGUUUGGAUCUGUCGAAUGCGCUGAGUGGUGAGCCGCACCCGACGUUUGCGAAGGCGAUGGGGAGGUUUGGGGCAGCGGCGCAUAGGAAUGGACUGCCGAUCUUUGGUGGUUCGUUGAGCAUUGAUAUGGUUCCCAUGUUGAUUCAGCAGGGAUUCUGAGCGAUUGCUAUGCAGUUUGAUGUCUGGGAAUUGGCUAAGUUGAUACAUGGGUCAUUGACGCAGGCGAGGGCGGCUGCUAAGCAGGUCGCUGCUGAAACGAAUGGCGCCAAUAAUGGUGCCAAUGCAUAAGCAAAGAGUCUAGUGUUUUGUUAUGAUAUAAUUGAUAGCGUGGAACUGGGAAGCUAUUCAAG